AUGAGUUCUUCUAACUGGGGUAAUUCACUGUAUAUUAAGAACUACGAGCAACUUUCAAAACCAAGUCAAUUGCCCCAAUUUUCGCCCAGUCCAAUCUCCUUUACCACUAAUAUCUUAGUGGUAGGAGGGGCCUAUGCUGGUUUGGCGACUAUAAGCGCUUUGAAAACUCACUUAUCUCAAAGAUUAGCUUCUGUUGAGAAACCAAAGAAGAUUUCUAUCACUUUGGUUGAACCUAGAAAUGGAUUAUUGAAUAUUUUGGGGAUUCCAAAAGCAAUUGUGGAUACUGAAUUUGCAAAGACACAAUUUGUACCUUUUAACCAACUUAAAGAUUUCAAAUUCACUAAUAUUUUAUCCAAGGAAAAGUUUCAAGAUGAUUUCUUUAUGCAAGAUAAUCCAUAUUUGCAAUUCAAUUAUGUUCAUGGUCUUGUUACCUAUUUAGAUAGCGAAAAGGCCCAAUAUUUAUUAAACAAUGAUCAAGAAGGUGAACGUGGAAUCAUUGAAUUUGAUUAUGUUAUUAUGGCAACUGGUAGAGAUAGGAAUUGGCCAACUACCCCUAGGGCAUCCACUUUCGAUUUAUUCGUCGAGGAAAUGUCAAAAUCAAAAAACGAUAUCGCCACGACUAAAACCAUCAGUGUAAUUGGUGCGGGUGCCGUUGGGUUGGAAAUUGCUGGUGAUAUCAAAAGUGCAUUCCCCGAAAAGGAAGUUAAUUUAAUCCAUCCUCAUAGUAUGUUUCCCGCAGAACCAUUAUCUGAAGAAUUCAAAACUCUUGUUCAACAAAGCAUUGAAAAAUCAGGUGUGAAUGUCUAUCUCAAUACCAGAAUCGCCAGGGAAGCUGAUAAUGGUGACUUGAUAACUACAACCAACAAGACUAUUCCUUCGGAAUUAAAUUUCUGGUGUACUACCAAACAUAACAACACUGAUAUUUUAUCCAAUGAUUUCAAAACCACCUAUGUCAGCAAACUUAAUAACAUCCACGUCAAUGAAUAUCUCCAAAUGGCAAUCACGGCUGGGUCGUCCCCAACUUCAAAAAUCGAUAAUUUCUUCGUCAUUGGCGAUUUAGUCGAAUUACCAAUCAUAAAAUCUGCUGGUUGGGCAAUGUAUAUGGGACGCUUGGUAGCUAACAAUUUACAAAGUUUGUUAUUUGACAAUAAAUUGAUAGAAACCUUUUUGGAUUUGAAAGAUAUACCAUUUGGAAUGGUUGUUGUUGCAGGAAAUGAGGAAAUUGUUAGUGAAUUGGCUGGGGAUGUUCAAUUGAAUCAUCCUGGUUAUGUCGAGGAGUAUAAAGAUUAUUGUAUUGGGAAAGUCAGGGCUACUUUGAACUUAUAA